CACAGCACAGUUCUCGACGGGUUCGACGAAGCUAAAAGCGAAGAUGUCGCGGUUCCAAAUUCAUUCGAACAAUUCCGACGACGAAAUUCUUCGUGAAGACGACGGCCACGACGAGCUGCUGGUCGAUAUCAAGCCUCCGUUCGUUUUGCUAGACGAAGAAGACCCACUUUUGCUGGCAGUCGAUGGACACCAACAGGAUGGUGCUCCUGCUGCAACCACUACCACACGGGUACCACAUCUGGAUGAAACGGGCAUCUCGAGGCUACCGUUCAAGUGUCCGGUUGGUGGAUGCCAGGAGCGUUGCUGUUUGUUCAUGUUGGCCACGCACGUGUCCUACGACCACAGUGCCCUUCCGGUGGAAAGUCUGUGGCCGAAUGAGCCCCGAUCGGUGUUGCUGGAUCCUUCGGUGACCGCUGAUGAACCGCCACGCUGUCACAUGCUUUGUCUGCUGGGUGGUCGGAUCAGAGGACUCGGUGAUGGGAAGCAGCGGGACAAGCUACCGUUUGCACUGAUCUCCUCCAAGUACUCACUGCACGGUGCGGAACGGAUCGUCCUUUGGGUCACCGGACCGGAUGCUGGUGGUGAGCAUCGGCAGCGCUACUCGAUGGAAGCUGGGCGAAACGAGAGUUCCCGGUUGCUACUGUAUGCCGUUGCGUUCAGUGGCCAGAUCGUACCGCUGCACGCGAACCAGGAUGCAGAAGAGAUCCACCGGCGUGGCGCUGGGCUUGUCAUUCCAGUGCAGCAGCUCGAACGGCUCAUCAACAGCCGCACGAAGCUGCUCGAAGUGUGCGUCCAUUUCCAUUGAAAGAAAGACCGGGCCCGUGUCGUGCCGGUGCCGGUGACCCUGAAUGACGAGCCGCAGUCGACAAGUAGCUUCAGUUCGCCGGAGGAAUUAUGCAUCGAGAGAACGCCCACCUUCCAAUCGGCCACUUGUGGAGGAGUGUGAAAGUAUGCGGACCUUCAUCGUUAUGCGUACCAGGGAAUCCGUCACCAUCAUCAUCAUCGCCGAGGAGAGAGAGAAAGAAAGCCAGUGAGCUGGAGCAUGUGUAUUGCCACACGACACGCAGAGACGGACGGAGCCUUGCAAGUGACCGGCUAGUGCUCGCUGUCCGGAACGUGACCUGCCUGAGUGAUAGCGAGAGGGCGAUCGUUGAACAACAGCAAACAACGAAUGAACU